GUCCCCUCAUGUGGAGCAGGAAAAAGUGCUGAAACCAGCCAGGUUCCUUGCUCCUAGUCUUCUACAGACUGAAGUACACUGUCAGAUAGUAUGAUCGACUGCUAGCGGCGAAGAUGGAGGCGGAGUGGGAUUCGGACGGCGAGGGCAAGCGAUGGAGUCUAGGCCCGGCGUUCGACGACGCGGGCCAGCUGUCGGACGACGAUCUUCUUACUGACCUUGAAAGUAGUACCGCCGUUAGAGACGAGAAUGUUAUUACUGGCCUCGCUGGUGGUACCGCCGUCAGAGACGACGACCUUCUGACUGACCUCGAGUCCGCCAUCAACGGCGACUUCGCUAAUGAUGUCACCGGUAGAAUCGAGGCCCAAGCUAUCGAUGGAGCCGGUAGCAGCGGCGUGCGGGUCAACCGCACGUUAGACAUCGAAGGCGCUUCAAACCUUAGCAGCGCGUUAGGGCCUAACGGCGCGUUGGGCUGUAGUAACGACAAAACUGAAACUCCUGAUCGACCAGCUGGUAACGCGGGAGGCAUCGACGGCGGAGCUGCCAGCCUAAGCGCAGGGAACGGGGGAACACAGGCGCAGCGGAACUUCGCGGGAGCCAGCGGGCGGGGUGAGGCGGGGGAACAGGUCGGCGCAGAGCACACGCGCGGAACGACAGAUGUGGCGCCAGUGGCGGCUGAACUGGCGGCGCAAAGGGAGGAGCGGAUUGCAGAGUCGACUGAGCAGGCAGUAGGAUCAGGCGCUUAUGAAUCAGCGGCGGACGGGGCGGAGGCGCGCGCAGGCGCAGGCGGGGACGCGGGGUCGGGCCGCGCAGCAGCAGAGGAGCCGGCGGGACGAGGAUUGGGAAGCGGAAUUAGGGAAAGGGAAGGCACGGGACGCGCAGAGAACGCGGGCGACGGCGGUAACGCAGCGGGUGUAGACGAGGGCAGGGGAGGCCAAGGGAUGGGUGGCAGCGAGGUGAGCAGCGCGGCAGGCGGGUCGGGGGAGCGGCGGAUGAGCUUGAAGGAGACCGGGCGGAGCCGCGUGCGGACGGAUGCAGGUGAGGCCGUGGAGGCGGCGGCAGUAGAGGCAGCGGCAGGCGGUGGUGCUAGAGCCAGUGGUGGCGAUGCAGCCAACGGGAGUGGUAUUGCUGGUAAUAAACUGGGCGACAAGGGGAGAGCAGCGGUUGGAAGGGCACAGCAGAGCCCGCGCCCUUCUGCUGCCUUCGCCUCCCCCACACGCGCAGGUCCUGGCAGCAGGGGGGCAGCAGCAGGGGGAGGGGGAAGGGGAGGGGGAGGAGGGCGAGAGGAAGGGGCGAGAGGGGGUCAGGGGGUGGUUGGGCGGUCUCCUUCAGAGGAGAGGAGGAGGGCGAGCACGGGCAGUCCGGGCAGCAGAGGGAGGUCAGACAGCCCUGCCAGCAGGGGCAGCCCGGGCAGCUUGGGCAGUGCGAAAAGAGCGGAUUGGGCGAGCGGGAUUGGCCCACUGACCAGCAGUUUCAGCCCGGAGUUAGCGGGCAGGAAGGCAGCGGGAGGGGGGCUGGGAGAAAUGGGGUCUUUGUCUUUGGACCGCCACAGCAUAGCCGUGACUGGCAGGUGGAGUGACCCCGGGUGGGCGGACAUCAGGGGAAGGGCGGGGGCGCAGGGGGGAGUGCAGGGGGGAGCGCAAUGGGGAGGAUUAGGGGGAGCGCGAGGGAGGGCGAUUGGUGUGGGGCUGGGCGGGGAGAGAGCAGGUAGUGCAGGGAAGGGGAGUGGGCGGGCGGCGAGUCCGAGUGCCAGGAGGGACGCUGCAGCGGGGGCAGCAGGAGGGAAGGCAGGGGGGAGAGCAGAGGGGGCGGGUGCUGCAGGAGGGAGUGGUGCUGCAGGGAGGGCGGGGGGCAGUCCGUUGAGACGAAACGGCGCAGGGGGAAGGGCAGACGAGAGAGCAGGAGGAGGGGGCGGUGGACGAAUAAGUCCCAGUCGCUCGGCCUCAACAGCAGCGUCAGCAGCAGCGGCAGCAGCAGCGAAAGCAACCAAUGCAAGUAUGGGUGCCAAUGCAAGUGCCAGUGCGAGUGCGAGUGCUCGCAGGCGCAUUGCCUUUGGCAGCAGUGUGAGCUUCAACGCCGCUGCCUCUUCCUCCUCCUCGCCCCCUUUCUCCUCCGCCGCUGCCCCCACAGCUGCCUCUCUUGCCAGGCGCGCUGCCAACCUGCGCUCCCACCUUGCCUCUCUCACCUCCUCGCCCACUUUCACAGUACCAUCUACUGCCACUGCCACCGGCCGUGCUGCUGCUGCUGCUGCUGUUGCCACACGUGGUAGCAUGGGUUCAGGGGGCAGAAGUGCCUCUGCCUCUCACUCUGCCUCCGCCUCUCCGUCCGCGCCUGCCUCUGCAUCCCCCUCUGUGUCCAGCAGUCCUGUCGUUGCUCCAACACCCGCUUCCUCUGUGCCCUCACUUCCUGCUGGCUUCUUACCCGGCAGAAAGGAGGGCAUGAGGGGCAAUUCCCCAGCUGUCAACAGUGCUUCUUUCUCCUCUGUUCCCUCCCAUGAUGUGGUCGCUACUGCUACCGUCCCUGCUGCUGCUGCUGCUGCUGCUGCUGCCACUGCUGCUGCAGCUGCUGUUGAGGAUGGUGGCUCAGCGGGUGCCACUGCGACUGCUGUACACGAGGGGGAAAGCGUUGCGUUGGAGGAGGGGAGCGACGUGGGCAGGGGCGUGGAAGAAGAGGAGGAGGAAAGAGAGGAAGAAAGAGAGGAGGGAAGAGGGGAGGAGGGAAGAGAGGAAGAAAGAGAGGAGGGAAGAGAAGAGGAGGGAAGAGAGGAGGAGGAAAGAGAGGAGGUGGGAAGAGGGGAGGAGGAAAGAGAAGAGGAGGAAAGAGAGGAGGAGGAAAGAGAGGAGGAGGAAAGGGAGGAGGAGGAAGGGAUAGUGUUAGAGGAAAUAAGAGAGGAGGAAGGCACAGAUGAAAGCGUGCCAGAGACAGCAGAGGUCCCAACGAAAGCAGCAGCAGCAGACCGGGCUUCAAUACCGUGCCCGCGCAGCCCUCUGGCAGAAGGUGCGGCUGCACCAGAUGCUCUGCACUCAUCGCCAGCAAUGCUGCCACCACCACCGCCAUCCCCACCAGCAGAAGAGGCCGGCGCUGCAAUACCCCCCUCGCACAGCCCGACAGCUGCAGCUGCUGUUGCACCAGGUGUGACGUCAUUGCCAGAAAUACCAUCACCAUCACAAAUGCCAGCACAAACACCAGCGGCAGCAGCAGCGUCAUUACUAUCACCCUCGCGACGAACAGCAGGAGCAGCAGCAGGAGCAGCAGCAGGAGGAGCCACAGGUGCACUUCCAAUGCUAUCGCCACCAACAGCAGCGGCAGCAGCAGCGUCAUUGCGAUCACCCACGGCAGGAGCUGCAGGAGGAGGAGGAGGAGCAACAGCGGCAUCGUCACCAGCAUUGUCAGCAGGAGGAGGGGGAGGCAGGCCACGGCUGUCGUCUAGAGAGCUGCGAGUGAUGCCGGGGCCCGAUGUGCGCGGCACAGAUGACACGCGCGCGGACCUGCGUUCGCAGCGCAUCAGAAGCCUCAUGGCCGACACGCUGCACCUGCCGCCUGCGGCUCAGUUUGUGUAUCUGAGGGGCAACCAGCUGGCAGCAUUGGACGGGAUUGAGCGAGUGAAGAGAGUCAAGGUGCUGGACGUGAGCUACAACCAGCUGGGCGACGCGUCACUGGCACCGCUGGCUGCUUGCACCGCACUGCAGCAACUCUUCCUGGCGGGCAACCGCCUCUCCUCCCUUGCCUCGCUGCCACGACUGCCCUCCCUCGAGGCAUGCCGUCUGUUGUACCCCUUACUUUGCCAUCUGCGUCGCCCUUGUUUCGGCCACUGCCACCGUAGUUCCACGCCCUGCCGUCGCCUCCUAGUCUCUGCCGUCGCCUCCUAGUCUCUGCACCUUCCCCAACCCCGUACCGCCAUGCGUCAGAACUCACCCUGACUUGCGUUUUGCUUCCCCUUUCCCCCCUCACCCUCAGUUGCU